AUGUUCGCAUCAACCUGGGUAGACUCGGUCAUAAUAGAGCUAGAAGAACUGAAUUUUCCUAUAUUCUGCAGCCUUACCAUACCAGCGUAUACACCGUCGCGAGCUACAAGGUCCAUGUGCGUGCCCUGUUCCAUGACUCUGCCUUUCUGCAUAACAAUAAUGUUAUCAGCAUCCUUAGCAGUAGCCAGCCGAUGUGCAAUUGAAACAGUCGUAACAUUCUCAGACACUUUGUUCAACGCUGCUUGUAUCAACCUCUCGCUAGUAGAGUCAAGAGCAGCCGUGGCUUCAUCCAACAGCAACACGGGAGGAUCACGGAUAAGAGCUCGGGCUAGUGCAAUGCGUUGCUUUUGGCCACCGCUAAGCUCUGCACCAGAACUUCCUACCCUCGUUGCUAAGCCGUCCGGCAAUGCAUUGAUGAAAUCAAUUGCAUUUGACAAGGUAGCUGCAUGGCGUGUGAGGUUGACAAUCUCUCGAACCACAUCUCCCUGCUCUGUCACAGCUUCGUCUUCACUUGCACCUUGA